GCUCAUUUCAGGCAGUCGACAACCGGAUGAGUCUGGUUCCGAAAACAAAUACAUCAGCGCCGAAGCGCAUUGUUUAUGUUCGGGAGCACGGGAGACCUCGCAACACUAGACGAAACAAAGCGAAACAAAAGCCGACCGAAGAGGAACUUAUAAAACGUGUCAGCCCGCACAGCCCAAGGACUGAUGCCUGAAGGCAAGCGCAAGAUGCCGUUCCUCAUGGCGAGCGAGAAGAGCGAGACCGCCGUGUCCACCUGGGCCGUGCUGGGCGCUGGCGUCCUGACCACCCUGGCCGUGAUGGGCACCUACCUGACAGUGGCGGUGCACCCCGCCUUCCUGCCGCUGCUCAUCCUGCCGCUGUUCGGCCUUUGCCACGUGCUCGUCUACCCGAAGCAGGCCAAGAGCGGCUUCAUCGGGCCACCGGUCAUCCGCUACGCCAUGCCCGAGGAGUUCCGCUGCACCGUCCUGGUGUCCAAACCGCAGCCCGACUACAAAAGCAUCCCGGUGGAGAAGAACGUGCGGCCGCAGCCCGCCGCUAUCCCCGUGCGGCCGACGACGAACUGCGCUGCCUACUGCGCGCCCAUUGUGCCGGCCUUCCAGGCGCCGGCGCCAGUCAUCGCCGUCAUGUAGUGCGCCAGGUGACACGCUGGUCCGUGAAUUCGACAACUCUUUCGGUGCGCUGUUCCUGCGACCUGAACUAAUCGCCAGUCGAGUGAAGCAAUCUCGUAGUGGUGCAACCCAACUUCCAGCGCCAAGGGGGCGCGCACGCGCGCCUCGGUGCUUGCGUGGUGCGUGGCGGCCGAGUCUGUCGCCCCAGGUGAACUCCAGUUGCCCUACCCUGCGUGGCGCCGACACGCACGUACUCCUGCUGCCCAUGUUUCUCGGGAGGCACACCGUAUGCUAUACUGUGAUCCAUGUCAUACCAUCGUUCUGUAUAAAGUCGACACCCUGUAAAUACCUAUUUAUGAUGUAAAUAAAACCAUUCUGAUACAUCCUGCA